AUGAAAAUGUUGAAUUCACGCAAGAUUCGGCUGGAGCGCCGGAUUGUUGGUGCAACCAACCGAUGGCGGUUUCCCCAAGAUCAUUUCUGUGGAGACCUGCUGGCACUCUCCCAGAUGUGCAAUGUUUUGAACAUAGACCUUGAUGAAGCUCUGAAGAACCCAGACAGAUUAUGUGUUUCAAAAUUCCAAAAGCUUUUGUCUGAGAAUGUCAUGAACAGUGGCACCCAAAGUGGGGAAGCAGACGUGAUCCUUGAAUGCCUCGGCUUCAAGUGGGAACUCCACCACCCUCAGAUUUUUCAGUCUGAGACCUUGGCUAAGCUCUACUUGACAGCCCUGAUACAGAAGACAAAAUGUCCCCAGAGAGAGCUGGACAAGAUUCUUAAAGCUCAUCCACCCGGGAAGAUCAAAAAAAGAGCCUCUGUCAAGAAGAUCAUCAUUUCCCUGAGGAUCAAUGACCCGGCAGUCACCAGAGUUGCCUUUGCCCUGGCUCUGAAGAACCUCUACAUGAAUGAGGUGGAGAUGACCGUGGACAACGUGCUGGGCGUGCUGGCCUCUGCUCACAUCCUCCAGUUCAACCGGCUGUUUCAAAAGUGUGUCAACACAAUGUUGAAUAGACUCACACCAAGCACCAUCAAGAACUUCUACUUGGCUGGCUGCAAGUACAAGGAAGAGCAGCUCACCACCGCCUGUGAGAAGUGGCUGGCAAUGAACUUGGUCCCUCUAGUGGGGACGCAGAUCCACCUCCGACAGAUCCCUGAACCUCUGCUGUACAAGGUGCUGAAGUCGCCCAGGUUGUUCACCUUCAGCGAGUUCCACCUCCUGAAAACCUUACUCAUGUGGGUUUACCUGCAGAUGAACUGCAAGGUCCAGAUGAUCCCGAUCCACGCCAUGCUGGCGUUUUUCAACAGCUUUCCCAAGAAGUGCUGCUUCCUAGAACAGGAUCCAGGACAGACCUGGAUGCCGCUCUUCCUUUGCCUGCGUCUGCACGGCAUCACCAGUGGCAAGGAUCUGGAGGAGUUAAAGCACAUUAAUUUCUUCCCUGAGUCCUGGCUGGUCCGGGUUACAGCCAACCAUUAUCACGCACUGGAGAGCGGGGGCAACAUGGUCCACCUGAAAGAUCUUUCUACACAGGCCAUGAGGUUCGGGCUGCUCUUUAGGCAGGAAUACACCACUUACUCAGAAAGGAUUUCUAUAUACGGAUACUUCUUUGAAAUAAAGGGAAUCAAACACGACACUACCUCUUACAGUUUUUCUAUGCAGAGAAUAAGACACACAGACUUGGAGUGCUCCUCACCAGUCUGUGAGCACAGUACCAUCAGCCUGAGGUCGGAGCGCCUGGUGAAGUAUGAGAUCCGCGCCCAGACGCUGGUGGACGGCAGGUGGCAGGAGUUCGGAACAAACCAGAUCAUGCAGAAGUUUGGGUUUAUCAAGCCAGGCUGCAAAAGCCACGCCUUGAAAAUCCAAACCGUGGGCAUCCCGAUCUACGCCAGCUUCGCCUUCAUCUUCCCGGCGUCUUGAUAGCGUUCACAGGAUCCCCUUCCCUGACCAGCCUGACUCCAUAAGAGAAAUAAAAAUGACAUUAAGGAGGGGAGCGUGGUGUCCCGCUGCCUGUGCUUGUCAGCUCCCCUGGAUCCUCUGCUCAGGCAUUAGAGUUUAGUGGCAAUCUGCUUCCAUUUCCAUCUGAAGAUAGGAUUGGGAUAAUUCACGUUUAAGCUCACUGGGGCUGUUGACAGGCUAAUCUUGCAGAUGCCUGAUCAAAGGCCUUAGCAGCUACUAAUGGUUUCACACAGUGUUCUGCAGAGCUAAGAUAUCCCAUCUCCUCUGGUUUAGAAGUUAAGUCACAUGCUGCACCCUUUCCUAAGAGAGAGGGUUGUACAAAGGGUCACCUUUGUCACCUCUCCGUGUUGCCAGUUUUCUUUGAGAUCCCAGAGACUUGGUAGAGUUAUGAAGACAGUA